CGGCGCUGGGGCUCAGCGCGGAGGAAGCCGGGCGGCCAUCUUGACUCGUCCGGGAGCGGCGGCGGCGGCGGCGGCGGCGCGGGGGGGGCAGGCGAGCGCGGCGCGGGCAUCCCCCCACCCCACCCCCUCCCGCGGCCCGCGGCGCGCCGGCCUUCUCGGAGCCCGGGGCGGGCCGCGACGGCAGAGCGGGCGGAGCAGGAUGCGAGCGGGGGCCCGGUGAGGCGGCGCCGCAGGGGCGAGCAGAGCCGAGCCCCGGGGCGAGCGGGCCCGCGCCAGACGCCGCCGCCCUCCGCGGCUGCCCCGCGUCAGCCGCCGCGCUCCAUGCGCAGCCCUGCCGCCCCCCCGGCGCCGAGCCCGCCGCGGCCGUAGCAUGAGCCCGGCGGGCGCCGAGGGGGAGACGCCGCUGCUUUCCCGCGGGGGGGUCUAGCCAGGGCAGGGCAGGGCACGGCAGGGGGGGGGACACCGAGGCGACGCCGCCCCCCGCCGCCCCCGUCCUUCAUGGUGGCGCUCUGCGACCACCAUCGCGGAGCAGCAGCGCAGCCGGUGCUCGCGGGGGGGCCGCGGCGGCGCCGGGGCUUUUGUGCGCGCGCGCGCGUGUGUCGCUGUGGCGGGCAGCGCUGCCGCCCGCCUGAAGGAAAAUGUCCACUCGGACUCCAUUGCCCACGGUGAACGAGCGCGACACGGAGAACGAUGUCGGCUCAUCAUUGGGGGAAGGCUUUUGCGAAAAGCACACGUCCCAUGGAGACGGACGCCAGGAAGUUUCCUCUCGAACUGGGCGCUCUGGAGCUCGUUGCAGGAAUUCUAUAGCUUCCUGUGCAGAUGAACAGCCACAUAUUGGAAAUUAUAGACUUCUUAAAACGAUCGGAAAGGGAAAUUUUGCAAAAGUGAAACUGGCAAGACACAUCCUUACUGGCAGAGAGGUUGCCAUAAAAAUAAUUGACAAAACACAGCUGAAUCCAACUAGUCUACAAAAGCUCUUUAGAGAAGUAAGAAUAAUGAAGAUUUUAAAUCAUCCAAAUAUAGUGAAAUUAUUUGAAGUCAUUGAAACUGAAAAAACUCUCUAUUUAAUAAUGGAAUAUGCAAGUGGGGGGGAGGUGUUUGACUAUCUGGUUGCACAUGGAAGAAUGAAGGAAAAGGAAGCUAGAGCUAAAUUUAGACAGAUAGUAUCUGCAGUGCAGUAUUGCCAUCAAAAGCAUAUUGUUCAUAGAGAUCUCAAGGCUGAAAAUCUAUUGCUAGAUGCAGAUAUGAACAUUAAAAUAGCAGACUUUGGUUUUAGCAAUGAAUUUACAGUUGGAAAUAAACUGGACACCUUUUGUGGCAGCCCACCAUAUGCUGCUCCAGAGCUCUUUCAAGGAAAGAAAUAUGAUGGACCUGAAGUAGAUGUUUGGAGUUUAGGUGUUAUUCUUUAUACCCUUGUGAGUGGAUCUCUUCCUUUUGAUGGACAGAACUUAAAGGAACUUAGAGAGAGAGUAUUAAGGGGAAAAUACAGGAUUCCUUUCUACAUGUCCACAGACUGUGAAAACCUCCUCAAACGUUUCCUGGUGCUAAACCCAACAAAAAGAGGCACUCUAGAGCAAAUCAUGAAGGACAGGUGGAUCAAUGCAGGGCAUGAAGAGGAUGAACUUAAACCUUUUGUUGAACCAGAAUUAGACAUCUCGGACCAGAAAAGAAUAGAUAUUAUGGUAGGAAUGGGAUAUUCUCAAGAAGAAAUUCAAGAAUCCCUUAGUAAAAUGAAGUAUGAUGAAAUCACAGCUACAUACUUACUGCUAGGAAGGAAAUCAUCGGAGUUGGAUGCAAGUGAUUCAAGCUCCAGCAGCAAUCUUUCACUUGCCAAAGUUAGGCCAAGUAGUGAUCUUAAUAAUAGCACUGGACAAUCUCCUCAUCACAAAGUUCAGAGAAGCAUAUCUUCUAGCCAGAAACAACGGCGGUACAGUGAUCACGCUGGACCAUCUAUCCCCUCAGUAGUGGCGUAUCCCAAAAGAAGCCAGACUAGUACUACAGACAGUGACCUCAAAGAAGAAGGAAUUCAGUCAAGAAAAUCUAGCAGUAGUGCUGUUGCAGGAAGAGGAAUUGCACCAGCUAGCCCAAUGCUUGGAAAUGCCAGCAAUCCAAAUAAGGCUGAUAUUCCUGAACGUAAGAAAAGUUCAGCUGUUCCUAGUAAUAAUACUGCCCCUGGAGCGAUGACACGGCGCAACACCUAUGUUUGUAGCGAAAGAACCACUGCUGACAGGCAUUCAGUAAUACAAAACGGCAAGGAGAACAGCACUAUUCCCGAUCAAAGAACUCCUGUUGCUUCAACUCACAGCAUUAGCAGCGCAACCACACCUGAUCGUAUUCGUUUCCCCAGAGGAACGGCUAGUCGGAGCACUUUCCACGGGCAGCUCAGGGAGCGGCGCACUGCUACCUACAACGGACCACCUGCCUCCCCCAGCCUGUCCCAUGAAGCCACGCCACUGUCUCAGACUCGGACCAGGGGUUCCACUAAUCUAUUUAGUAAACUAACUUCAAAACUAACAAGAAGAAACAUGUCAUUCAGGUUUAUCAAAAGGCUCCCGACUGAAUAUGAGAGGAACGGGAGAUAUGAGGGCUCAAGCCGCAAUGUAGCUGUGGAUCAGAAGGACGAAAACAAGGAAGCCAAGCCUCGUUCGCUGCGUUUUACCUGGAGCAUGAAAACCACCAGCUCCAUGGAUCCCAAUGACAUGAUGAGGGAAAUACGGAAGGUCCUGGAUGCCAAUAAUUGUGACUAUGAACAAAGAGAGCGUUUCUUGCUUUUCUGUGUCCAUGGAGAUGGGCAUGCGGAAAACCUUGUACAGUGGGAGAUGGAGGUGUGUAAACUGCCAAGACUGUCCCUGAACGGCGUUCGCUUUAAGCGGAUAUCGGGAACAUCCAUAGCUUUUAAAAACAUUGCUUCCAAAAUUGCCAAUGAAUUAAAGCUGUAACAAGAAAAAUAGUUAAGUUGUAAAUUAGUUAGCAAUUUCAAGUGUUUUUGAGAAUUCCGAUGGAAAUGUAUAGAAUAACAUUUAGGCAAUAACUUCUGCAUCCUUCUGAAUAGUGAUAUUAAAAAAAAAAAAAAGCUGCUGAGCUGGGAGGGAGAGUUGGACUUUUUUAUAAGUGCACUACAGCAUUAAAGUUGCCUACUAUGUAAAAUAUUACCCCUUCUGCUUUAUUUCCAUUGCUCCUAAGUCUUUGACAACAAAUUGAAACACAGAAUAUAUUCAUUUAAAUAUGCCUCCUGUUUGUGUGGACGUGUGAAUGUACAGUAUGUGUGUAUAAUAUAUAAAGUAUUAUAUGUAAACAAUUCAUUUACAACAUCGAGCUGUACCAGUACCUCUUUUUGGGCUAAUUUUGGUGCUAAAAAUUGAAGUGGCCAAGGAGGAAACACUUGAGUUAAUAUUUAAAAUAACUGAAGAGAUAACCAGUAAACGCAGGUUUACAGUUCACUGCUGUGUUAAGAAAAAAGUGUGUGAAGGGUUUGGAUUUACGGUUGUGAACAUUAUUAGUCCUGUUUUCUAAGUAGAUCUCAUGAGAUUAUUAAAAAUUCACUUUUACUGAGUAAGUCUUGCAUUAUAUUUUGCCCACCUAUUUAUUAUUUAAGUCUGAAUCACAUUUUUAAAAUGUAGUUGAUUUGUGCAUUAAAAUUUGGGUAAAUGCUUCCAUUCUUUUGCUUCUGCUAAACUACUAAGAUUGUAUCUUGUCCUUUUGGCUUAUGAGUAUUGAUUGCAGUUAAGAACACUCUUGUGUUUCUCCACAAUUCCUCUCCAGAUUAAUGCAGUCUAAUAGGAUUUGCUGAAUGCUGACCAGUGACUUUUUCUCUCAGACCAAGUUCUCCGUGUUAGACUAGGUCAAACUGAUGCAAAGGACACAAGGACUUUCAAAUAAUGACCGUACUUUGAUGUGAUUCGCCAUCUGAGGUGAUGCUGUUCUGAAGUACUGCUGCGAGUGUGGCAGUACUUCCCUUUGAAUUCCGGGUGUGUGCACUGUUGAAACCCAAAAGUGGGAAUUUAAUUGGCUACUGAUCACUUCUGGUAUAACAUCCAACUUGCUAAACUACAGCUAUAGGCGGUAGCAAUUAAAACUUCCCUUGCAGCUCUCUUCCAGCGUGCUUCCACUUGGCUUUGGAUAUAUUGCUUUUGAUGGCUUUAUGCCAAUUGUGUCUUUAGCUCCUGCUGAGGAGGGAGCCCGUCAUGGCUCUUAGCAUACAGUGUGGAAACCUGCCCUCGAUGAACUCCCUGAUGGCCAGCUAGCUUUCUGUAGGACACCAAGCUGCUGUCAGAUGGUCCCCACUUUUAACCAUCACUGUGCUGAGCUGGAUUUGAUCCUGCAAACUAGAAUCAAGAGAUUUCUUCAUGCAUUGUUUCCUACUGAUACUCAGUUUAUUUCAUCAAGGACUUCUGUAGAUAAUAUAUGCAUUAUCUACUUGAUUUUUUUGUAUUAAUCAGUGUUUUAUGGUUAUAUUUCAGUGAAGCACUUAAGCAUGUACUGAACAUGUGCUUUAAACUGGAGCCUAAAUUUGCAUUUUAAAUCUGCAGUGAGCUAAUAGUUAUUCAUAGUACACAGUUCAGGUUUGACCCAAAGUGCAGAUGCAAAAUCCUCAAUAUUUUGCAAGUUAGUUUUUUGUGAUCUGUAGUCUGUGAAGGCAGCAGACUUCCCCCUCUUUCCCUGAGCAUUGAUAUUGAUUAUGCUAGUUAAAGAGUAACUGUAGUUGUUAAAUGUAGUAGAUAUUCCUGAAUUUGCAUUUUAUUCUCUGUAUAUUCUGUAUCAUGCCAUGGCUUUAGAGCUCCAGGCACUGCUGGGGUUUGGUUGGCUUUCAGUGCUCUGCCCGUGCCUGUGCUGCUCAGUAUGUUUUUUUUCCAUGAAAACUCCAUUUUGUAAUAGCAAUAAGACAUUUCAGGGCAGUCAUUGUACUUCUCAGGUGAAUAGUCACCUAUCCUUUCACUUCCUACAUCUUAAGCACUCCUCCAAAUGUAUUUUUUUCACCCAGCAGUGCACUUCAUCGUCUGAACUGAAAGUGUUCUGAUAAAUGAUGUAAAUCUGUAUUCAAUGGAAGUUCCAAAAGGUUUCAUAUUAAAUGUUUUCUGAAAUAACUCUA